GGAGGGGGUCAGUUCUGGGAUUGUCACAGGGAAGAAAGAGCUGCUCCUUUGUAGUGUGUGUGUUAGUGUGUGUGAGGGGUACUUUAACUAAGGAACAUAGGCGAGGACACACUGUAUAAACCUACAGUAUGAGCAGAACCACCUUCUUUGAGCGGAACAUCAGAAGAACUCGGAACAUCAGAAGAAUCACCGUGGAGGUUCUAGAUGGCAGGAGCAGGAAACAGCUGUGUUUUCUAGAUAAGGUGGAGCCCCACGUUACAAUAGGAGACAUCAAGAGACUUUUUCACAAGUCAUAUCAACAGUUGUAUCCAGCCAGACAGGACCUCAAGCUCGACCCCAAAGGAAAAUCACUUAAGGACGACGAUGUAUUACAAAACCUACCAGUUGGGACCACAGCAACCAUGUAUUUUAGGGACCUGGGUCCACAGAUCGGCUGGACAAUGGUGUUUUUGGCGGAGUACAUUGGCCCCCUGUUUAUAUACCUUCUGUUCUAUUUCCGAGUUCCCUAUAUCUACUCACAGCAGGAUGCCUUCACCUCCAGCUCCAACUCAGUGGUCACACUAGCCUGUGCCUGUCACACCUGCCACUACAUCAAGAGGUUGAUUGAGACCGUCUUUGUGCACCGGUUCUCCCAUGGCACCGUGCCACUCAGGACUACAGUCAGGAGCUGUGUGUAUUACUGGACCUUCUCUGCGUGGUUGGCCUUCUACAUCAACCAUCCGCUGUACACGCCUCCAUCGUAUGGGGACAUGCAGGUGAACUACGCACUGGCUAUAUUUGUGCUUUGUGAGGCUGGUAAUUUCUCCAUUCACGUGGCCCUCAAUAACCUCAAGGCAGAAGGUGGGCCCAAGUGCAGAAAGUUCCCUCGCCCGACGAAGAACCCAUUCACAUGGCUCUUCUUCCUCGUGUCUUGCCCCAAUUAUACCUACGAGGUAGGAGCCUGGGCAAGUUUCUCUGUCAUGACCCAAUGUCUUCCAGUGGCCUUGUUCACCUUCUUUGGUUUGCUCCAGAUGACCAUCUGGGCCAAUGGGAAGCAUAAAGCCUACACCAGGGAGUUUAAGGACUACCCACACCUGCGCAUGCCAAUUAUCCCACUCCUCCUCUGACCACACGAGAAAACGUCUACCAUUCUGACUGAGGAGUAUUAGAGGCAUCAACCUGCCGGAAACGCUGUUGGAGAUUGGUGGGUUACUGUAUUUCUCACAAAGCACGAAGACCCCAUUGGCUGUUCCUUCAUCUAGCGUCAUGGCGAUGAUCUGUUAUCUUUUCAACAAAUAUCAAGGACAGAAUUCACAGAAAGUGUUGUGUCAUCACUGUUGUGGAUUGUGUAUAUUGAUUAUGUUUAAUUCCAGCGUUGAGAUGCAGCUAUAUUGAUAAGUUGUUUUAUUGAUUUAUUUAACCAAUCAGGAGGAUUGAUUGACUGUUACCAUGCAGCUACUGAAGGGUCAGCUGCUGUUGGUAUUCUUCGUCUUCAGACGAUGCAAAUCAUCCGAAAUGAUUAAGUUAUGAUACGAUUGGAGUUACAGUAUAUAUAUAAAUCUACCAUAUUAUUUUGUAUUAAGUUAUUGUGCAUUUCCUAGAAGAAAGGAGUUUGUAACUUGCUACGAUAUACCUGUUUAGGAAGUCCUCGUGUAACAACAUUUGUUACAGCUGAAGUGCAUCAGGGCUAUUUUCAGUUUACAGAGUAAGUAGAGAACGGAAAAUGGAAUCUUUUAACUCAGAAGUGAUCUAGAAGCAAUGAAGAAAUGGAACUUUAGCAGAUGUUCUAAGUUCUAAAUUAGAUUCUUUUCCACCUCUACAUAUGUUUGAAAGUAACAAAACGACCUGGUGAUUUUAACUUUUGGGAGAAAGUUGAGGCUAAUUUAGUUAUGCAUUACUUAUCUAUCGUUCAAACUAGCUACAAUCCGUCAAGUUCUCAGGUGUUACUAGAUGUAAGGGGCACCGUUGCAUCCUGUACAAAUUCUAGACAAACUAAAUUAUAGACAAACACAUUUUUUCGACAAACUUGUUUUGUAUACAAAGUGUACACAUGAAAUAAAUAAUUGUGAUCAUUUAAAAAGACAAGUCUUUUAUCUUAAAGAAGAGUCGUGCAUUUUUCGCAAAGCAUCAAUCAUUGUUACAGAAAAUAUUUAUUUGAAAUUAUUAUCUCAGACAAUUCAAGAAUCUCUCAUUUGCAUACAAAUCAGUUAUCAGGCCUAUGCAUAAAACUGCAAAAUUGUAUGCAGAGAAGAAAGCUUCAUGUUUAAACAGUACAUACAGGCUUACAAAAUCGCAUCAUCAUUUAAAUAAUGGAUUCAAUAAGCAACAAAUGCUUUUAACAGUCAUUUUGGCCAGUGUAUUAGGUACACCGCCCAGUUCACACAAAUAUUUAGAUCCUACAGACAGUGAGUCACGUGGUUUGCUAUAUAAAGCAGGCAUCGAGGCAUUCAGUUACUGUUGGAUUGGACGUUAGAAUGGGCAAAACGAGUGACCUAAGCGACUUAAGCGUGGUAUGAUCGUCGGUGCCGGGCUGACCGGUUCCAGGACCUCAGAAACCUCCGGCCUCCUUGGCUUUUGACACACGACAGUGUUUAGGGCAGGAGUACUCAACCCUACGAGAUCCGGAACCUGCUGGUUUUCUGUUCUAUCUGAUAAUGAAUUGUCCCCAGGUCUAAAUCAGUCCCCGAUUAGAGAGGGAACAAUGAAAACAUGCAGUGGAACUGGUUUCCCUUGUGUCCCAGGUCUAAAUUAGUCCCCGAUUAGAGAGGAACAAUGAAAACAUGCAGUGGAACUGGUUUCCCUUGUGUCCCAGGUCUAAAUCAGUCCCCGAUUAGAGAGGAACAAUGAAAACAUGCAGUGGAACUGGUUUCCCUGGUGUCCCAGGUCUAAAUUAGUAACCGAUUAGAGAGGGAACAAUGAAAACAUGCAGUGGAACUGGUUUCCCUUGUGUCCCAGGUCUAAAUCAGUCCCCGAUUAGAGAGGAACAAUGAAAACAUGCAGUGGAACUGGUUUCCCUGGUGUCCCAGGUCUAAAUUAGUAACCGAUUAGAGAGGGAACAAUGAAAACAUGCAGUGGAACUGGUUUCCCUUGUGUCCCAGGUCUAAAUCAGUCCCCGAUUAGAGAGGAACAAUGACAACAUGCAGUGGAACUGGUUUCCCUGGUGUCCCAGGUCUAAAUCAGUCCCCGAUUAGAGAGGGAACAAUGAAAACAUGCAGUGGAACUGGUUUCCCUGGUGUCCCAGGUCUAAAUCAGUCCCCGAUCAGAGAGGGAACAAUGAAAACAUGCAGUGGAACUGGCUUCCCUGGUGUUGCAGGUCUAAAUCAGUCCCCGAUCAGAGAGGGAACAAUGAAAACAUGCAGUGGAACUGGCUUCCCUGGUGUCGCAGGUCUAAAACAGUCCCCGAUCAGAGAGGAACAAUGAAAACAUGCAGUGGAACUGGCUUCCCUGGUGUCGCAGGUCUAAAACAGUCCCCGAUCAGAGAGGAACAAUGAAAACAUUCAGUGGAACUGGUUUCCAGGUCCAGAGUUGAGUUUGAGGGGUGUAGAGUUUACUCGGAAAUGGUGUGCGACAAACAAAACACAUCCAGUCAGCGGCAGUCCUGUGGGUGAAAACAGCUCGCUGAUGAGAGAGGUGGAAGGAGAACGGCCAGAGUCAUGCAAGCUAACAGGCGGAACACAAACAGACAAUCAACGGAGGAGUACAACAGUGAUGGGCAGAACGGCGUCUCGGGAACGCACAACUCGUCUUCCUUGUCACGGAUUGGCUAUUGCAGCACACCACCACCCCGGGUUCUCCUCCUAUCAGCUAAAAACAAGAACACUUUUAGUCGGGCCUUCCAAAGACUAGGGCAAAGCAGUUGGCUAGGUACUGCUCUGUUCCAGCUGUCAUGGGCAGCCUAGCUGUUUGGAGAACGAGGUAACUGCUCUGUUUCAGCUGUCAUGUGCAGCCUAGCUGUUUGGAAAUGGAGGUACUGCUCUGUUUCAGCUGUCAUGGGCAGCCUAGCUGUUUGGAAAUGGAGGUAACUGCUCUGUUCCAGCUGUCAUGGGCAGCCUAGCUGUUUGGAAAUGGAGGUACUGCUCUGUUUCAGCUGUCAUGGGGAGCCUAGCUGUUUGGAAAUGGAGGUAACUGCUCUGUUCCAGCUGUCAUGGGCAGCCUAGCUGUUUGGAGAACGAGGUAACUGCUCUGUUUCAGCUGUCAUGUGCAGCCUAGCUGUUUGGAAAUGGAGGUACUGCUCUGUUUCAGCUGUCAUGGGCAACCUAGCUGUUUGGAAAUGGAGGUACUGCUCUGUUUCAGCUGUCGUGGGCAGCCUAGCUGUUUGGAAAUGGAGGUACUGCUCUGUUCCAGCUGUCAUGGGCAGCCUAGCUGUUUGGAAAUGGAGGUAACUGCUCUGUUUCAGCUGUCAUGGGCAGCCUAGCUGUUUGGAAAUGGAGGUACUGCUCUGUUUCAGCUGUCAUGGGCAGCCUAGCUGUUUGGAAAUGGAGGUACUGCUCUGUUU